GUACAUUGAUCUGUUACAGAAACACGAAGGAGCAGGCUAUUCAAGGCAUGGCUGACCUCGCAUCUGACGCUGUAGACUUUGUGAUCAAGCUGAAGGAUGAUUCUGUUGUAAACAGCUCCACUGUGGUGCCUCUAAAUGACCAGCUCACCUUCCAGUUUAACGUAAACAGAGAAAAAGUGCCAGGGGGAGAAAGUUGCAAAGUCACUGAAUCAACUGGUUACCAGUCAAAAGGUGGGCCUGAUAAAGAACUUUUAGACGUGGGAAGUGCGGACGAUUGUAAGUCUAUUUGCAAGGAAGAUCCUCUGUGCAAAGCUGUUGACUACUUCGCAACCAUGAAGUUUUGCCACCUGUUCCACAGGGUCAUCACCCUCUUGAGUUACUCGUCUAAAUACGUCCACUAUGACAUCGAUUGUGGUUCUGUGACAGUUACGCAGUGUGAGGCGUCUAAUGGUCAGUCGGGAGAUAACAAGGAAAAUAUGAAGCUUAUUGAAAACAGCUGUCCGUCCGAGGUGGUGGGCAAACUGAUGGGCAAGGAUCUCACUCAAGUUACUAACAACCAAGUUGUAUUCAAGAUGCACCCAUUCAAGUUCAACCAUAACAACGCCAUCUCGAUAGAGUGCACGGUUAAAGUGUGCAGCGGUGGGACUUCCGCGGAGUGUCCUAUACCUGACUGCAGAGGACUGACUCGGAAACGAAGAUCAGCGGACAGAUCUGAUGAAAGAGUUAGAAGGACGAUCUUCAUCCUGGACCCAGAAUUCAAAUCGACAAGAAAGUCUGACUCUUCGAAGAACAAAUCUGUUUCUGUGAAUGACGUCACAACCCCGAUUGUGGCUGGCAUUGCCAUAGUGAUCAUACUGCUGCUUGUCUGCAUUGUGGUCUUGUUGGUUGUCAAGAAGAGAAGGUCCAAUCAGAAGUCUCAAGACGAGGGCGUGAAUAAUCACACCAUUUAAUCAGCUUUUCCAGAUACAUCACAAACACAUCUGAUUUAAUUUUUAUAGCAGGCAACUGACGGAACAAUGCUAGCUUAACCACUAUUAUUUGGACUUUAGAUGACUUUAAAUAUUUCGUUCAAUUUGUUCAUUCAGUCAUUAUGUUCUUUCAAAACUUUGUAAGUUAAAUAUAUGUAAGUUCAAAGAAGAAAAAAAAAGAAGAAGAAAUAUUUCACUGACAUUCUAAAAAAUUCACAAGUCAGAAUCAACUGAAUCAGUGAUUAAUUUUGAAAACCUUAUACCAACACAUUUACAGACGACUUCGGCUGUUGAUUCUCGUGCUGAUGUUAAUAUAGAGCACAUUGAUUAUUGGAUGUCAAACAUUUGGCCAUUUUGACGCAGUCAUAAAGAGGAAACCCUGUACAUUAUUCCAUUUGUAACAAGGCAUAUUUUAUAUGCACGGUCCCACAUACAGGAUAACACAUACUGGCCGGAAUGAUCAGGAGUGCGCUUUACCACCAGACUACGUCCCGCCCUAUAUAGAGACACGGUCUGAAUAGAAAUCAGAAAGUUAGAACCGUAAUACGUGUUCAGAGCCGUGUCUCUGCACAAUGCAGUGGGCACUGGGCAAACUAAUAUUCGACUCCAUGAAUCACUAUCUAGUACCUCGUCUAUAGGAGGACAGCCACUCAAGAGAAGGUCCUUAAUGGACAUUUCAACCUGCUUGCACCAGCAGAAAGAGGACUGCCACUCCCAGACUAGUUUACUGAAUCAAAAUUGCAUUAAAUUGUGAUAAAUUACGGAAGCCAUUAAGUCCGUUUUCUCGAAACACUGAUGGUGAUACAUUAGCAUGUACGGUUCACAUGCGAUGUUUGAAUAAACAACUGGUACAACUGUGGACAAAUGAAGGUUUGUAAUCGUGGAUGUUUCCUUCUCAUCUUUUUCAUCAACUGCACGAAACAGAUAGCAUCACCUACAUCAUGGUCCCAUGGACCUGCUCAGUCUUUUAUUUAUGAUCUUUUAUAUAAUUUUCAAUAAAAUCUUGACUUGCAGGGUUUUCAAAGAACAGAAAUAUGUUUUAGUGCAUAAUUAUAAACACCGCUUUUAAACUGAAUUGUAAUAAACAGAUGAGCAAUACAA